AUGUGCACACAAGACUCCUCUUCUUUUUCUUCUUCUUCUUCUUCACAAGACACUAUAGAUCUCUCAAUCACUUUUAAAGGCCAAACUAUUUCGCGAGCAUUCCCAUCAGAUUUGAGUUAUCGCGACUUACAGGAAAUAAUUUUCGACGAAUCAAACAUCCCUCCAGAUGCUCAAAAACUCCUGGCCCCCAAAAUUGGGCUUAUUAAACCCCAGGCUUUAGCCCAGGGUCAAGAAACCCCACUUGCCACCGUCUUUUCUGCACCACAGUCCCGUAAACGCAUUAUUCUCAUGGGAACCCCACAAGACAAGCUGGACGAAACUCAAGUUGCUGAAAAACAACACUUUGAACAACAACGCCGCAGGUCCCUGCGUUAUCAAAAAUACCGCGAACGUCAAAUGCGGGGCCGAUCUCGUGUCAGUGGCAGCAGUGGAAGUUCCGGUAAUUCUGGUAGCAGCUUUUCUAGACACGAUGACAGCAUAGAUAAUAGUAAUAAUAACAAUAAUACCCCACCCUCUUCAUUCUCAUCACUCAACCUACCACUCUCGGAUUCCUCUUCCAGAAAUGGAGCCUUUGCAGGGCUUUCAGAAGAACGCGACGCUGAUGCACCUAAUACAGAGUAUACCUUUCAUCGACUCGUUCCUUUACCAUUUUUGCAUAAUCCUGAAAAAUCUCGCAGUGUUUUACACAAUCUCCGUGAAGAUCGUGGUAUCCGCGCAAUUAUGGAAAAGUACAAGUGGAGUAUCCCCGUGCUAACAGAACUGGAUCCAGCUUCCAAUACACGCUCAGAUGGCGGCGGUACUGGAGGAACAACACGGUUACUGGGACUUAACCGGAAUCGAGGACAAGUCAUUGAGCUGCGGCUACGCACUGAUGCAUAUGACGGCUGGCUCAAGUAUAAGGACGUGCGUAAAGUCUUGUGCCACGAACUUGCACACAAUAUCCAUGACGAACAUGACGAAAAGUUUUGGGCACUUUUCCACAAGCUGGAACGCGAAGUGGUAGAUCUUGAUCCAUUUGGUAAGCGCGGGCGCACCAUCUUUGCAGGCGAGCGAUAUGACGGCCCAAUGCUCAAGGUAGCAGGCGAUGACUCGGAAGGCGAUAACGUGGAUGAACGCGACUUUUUCGGGCUUGGCAUGGAGGAGAUUUAUGAUAGCGGCGGAUGGAUUGGCGGGACUUAUGUUUUGGGCACAGGUGAUGAUGGCAACGGUAGUAGCAGCCGGCGACCCAGUGGUGCAGCAGAUGAUAUGAGGUCAGUGUUGCGGCAAGCUGCACUUGACCGUGAACAACGACGUAAGGAGCGCAGUAGCACACCUCCCAUGAUUCCUCCACCAAAGGUGGCCAAAACGUUGACGGCGGCUGGGCUUCUUGAGCAGCAGCAGAAACAACAACAGCAGCAAGAACAAGAGCUGGCUCAGAAACAGCAACAACAACAACAACAGCAGCAGCAGCAACAGCAACAGCAGCAGCAAGUAGUUUCACAAGAGGCCCAGUCUGUUGUAGCUGCAAAUGCAAAUGCAAAUGUUGCAAGGGAACCGUCAGCUUCUUCAGCUUCAUCUUCGUCUUCACCACCACCAGCUCCAUCUAGUUCAAGCACAGGCAAACAAUCUCCUUAG